UGGAAGAAGUAAAGGAAUUCUUGAGGGGACUCUAGGAGAACUUUUGGAGCCCAAAAGGGGUUGAACAAUGAUCAGUUUCCGGGCUGCGAAGAAAAAAGAACUUUAUUUGGGGUUUUAGGAACUGAUAUUAGAGAGACACAGAUUUCCGUAAAACCGAAAGUGUGUUGGGAGAGAGAGUCAGGGGCUUAUGAGGACAAAGGUCACCAGGCGGUUAAAGUUGUCUAGAGAGAAUUGUAAUUGCCCCUGAUACAAGAAAUAUUUGGCUUUAAAGAAUAGGGUGUCAUGAGUUACUUUAGGGUAAAGGCCCCAUAAAUAGGCCGUCAUGAGUUACUUUACGACCUACUGUGCAGAAAACCUUCUCAAGGCAGACACUUACCGAAAGUGGCGCGCAGCCAAGGCAGGCGAGAAGACCAUCUCUGUGGUGCUCCAGUUAGAGAAGGAAGAGCAGAUACACAGCGUGGACAUCGGGAACGACGGCUCGGCCUUCGUGGAGGUGCUGGUGGGCAGCUCAGCCGGAGGGGCCGGGGAGCAGGACUACGAGCUUCCAGCAGCCUUCCUCCUAACAUCGAAUUGCCCAUCCUUGGACCAGCCACUGGCAGAGGAAAUCGGACCACUUCGACCAAUCACGGUCCUUCUGGUCACUUCGUCUUUCAUGUCCCCUUCCGAGAGUCGCAGUGGCUCAAAUUCCAACCGCGUUCGCAUUUUUGGGCCCGACAAGUUGGUCCGGGCAGCAGCAGAGAAGCGCUGGGACCGCGUCAAAAUUGUCUGCAGCCAGCCCUACAGCAAGGAUGCCCCCUAUGGCCUGAGUUUUGUAAGGUUUCACAGCCCCCCAGACAAAGAGGAGGCCGAGGCCUCAUCCCAGAGAGUGACCAAGCUCGGCCAGUUCCGCGUGAAGGAGGAGGAUGAGAGCGUCAGCUCCCUGAGACCCGGGGCUCUCUUCUUCAGCCGGAUCAACAAGACCCCCCCAGUCACAGCCAGUGACCCAGCAGGACCCAGCUAUGCAGCUGCUACACUGCAGGCCUCCAGUGCCGCCUCCUCUGCCUCUCCGGCCUCCAAGACAGUAGGCAGCACCUCCAAGGAGUCCCCCAGAGGCAAGAGGAAGCUGGAUUUGAGCCACGAAGAAAAGAAGACCCCCAGCAAACCGUCCGCCCAGCCCUCACCACCCGCCCUCAAGAGACCCAAAUUGUCAGCUCCCACCCCUACCCCAGCCACUGCCCCUGUCCCUGCCGCAGCACGGGGGGCGGCGCCAGGGAAGCCCCGAGGAGAAGGUGCUGAGCCCAGGGCCCCCCGCGCCGGCCCGCAGGAGCUGGGGAAGAUCCUCCAGGGUGUGGUGGUGGUGCUGAGCGGCUUCCAGAACCCCUUCCGCUCGGAGCUCCGGGACAAGGCCCUGGAGCUGGGGGCCAAGUAUCGGCCAGACUGGACUCCAGACAGCACCCACCUCAUCUGCGCCUUUGCCAACACCCCCAAGUACAGCCAGGUCCUAGGCCUCGGAGGCCGAAUCGUGCGGAAAGAGUGGGUGCUGGACUGUCACCGCAUGCGGCGGCGGCUGCCCUCUCGGAGGUACCUCAUGGCUGGGCCAGACUCGAGCAGCGAGGACGAGGGGGGCUCUCAUGGCGGCAGCAGUGGGGAUGAAGCCCCCAAGCCUCCCCGAAAGCGCCUCCAGACCAAAGCCAAGCCCUCUCAGGCAGCAGGACCUAGCUCACCCCAGAGACCCCCAACCCCAGAAGAGACCAAACCACCGUCACCAGGGCCCCAGGAAGAUACUGACACCAAGGGGGAGCAGUCAGAAGGACAGGACAAUGGGGCAGAAGAUUCUGGGGACACCGAGGACGAGCUGAGAAGGGUGGCUGAGCAGAAGGAACAAAGGCCGCCCUCUGGCGAGGAGAAUGGCAAGGACCCGUACGCAGGAUCCACGGAUGAGAACACGGACAACGAAGGUCCCCCGGAGUCUCCCAAUCUGCCGAUUCCCGAGCUCCCAGACUUUUUCCAGGGCAAACACUUCUUCCUGUACGGGGAGUUCCCGGGGGACGAGCGGCGGACGCUCAGCCGUUAUGUCACAGCCUUCAACGGGGAGCUUGAGGACUAUAUGAGCGACCGGGUACAGUUUGUGAUCACGGCACAGGAGUGGGACCCCAGCUUUGAGGAGGCCUUGAUGGACAACCCCUCCUUGGUGUUCGUCCGUCCCCGGUGGAUCUACAGUUGCAACGAGAAGCAGAAGUUACUUCCCCACCAGCUCUAUGGGGUGGUGCCCCAGGCAUGAAGUAUGUGCUCUCACACACAUGAGUUUAUUAAUAAAGGUGACUUGGUUUGGAGCAGC